AUGUCGCUGCUCUUGCAAGUGCUCACAAACUCUGCGACCAAAACGGUGCAGGGACAGCCACCAGUGCCUUCAACGGCCAUGCCUUCCGCGCGCAUGAACAAGGAGGACUACAUCCUCGAGCUGCGGGGCUUGGGCGAGGAGGUCCCCUCGUCGUGGACCAUUCCCGAGAUGAAGGUGAGGAUCCAAGAGAUCAAGGAGGAGCAAGGCAUGACCCUUCAGAGCUCUGGAAAAAGGAACACACCCUUUCGAGUGUUGGCCAUCGAAAUGAACAAGUGCAGCAAGAAAAAGGCCGACCUGCAGGAGUUCACCAGAACCCGUCUGCAGAUGCAUGUGACCGGGAACGAGACCAUUGCCCAGCUGCAGAAGGCAUGCCUUCGCAAGAUCUACGAGAUCACACCGCCGACUCCUCACGACCCCACGGGUUUUGGAGCCCACAGUGCCCUGUCCUACGAGGAGCUGUUCAUGACGGAGCCCGGCUAUGUGAAAUGGGUGCUGCAGACUGCCUCCGAGGGCCAAGCCGAUUACCGGCUGUUGCGCCUGGCGAAAUGGUUGGAGAGCCGCCAAGCCGAACCAGCCAAAGAGGCCAAGAAAGCGCCGAAUGCCAAGUCUCAGGGCGCUCGGAAGCAAGCAGCAGCGGCGGCAUCUGUCGCAUCAGACAGCAGCUCGAAGUCGAACGAGGCCCUGAUCCAGAUGAUCCAGUCUCUCCAAGAGGAGGUGGCUGCUCUUCGGGAGGAACGCCCUCGCAAGAAGACCGAGAAGCCAGACGAGCAGAUGACCGAGGGCUCCUUCAGGCGUGAGAGUCCGGCCCUGAGGGAUAGGAUCUGCCAGUUCCAAUGUACAAUAGAUGUAUCACAGGGAGCCACAUGGGAGCCUUUGCCGGAGCACAAGGCUCGACAGUUAGCUUUUCAGUCUGAUGACAUGCUCCCUGAGGCUUUUGGAUCCUUGGUAUCAGAGGGCCGUCUCAAGCUACUGGAAGUGGCCUGUUCCAAUGAAAGCAUUCUCACUGAGACUAUGCAGCGCCUCACAAAAGAUGAAAUGUCAGCCCGCCGAUGCUCCCUGUUUAAUGGGUUUGACCUGUCCACCAAUGCUGGGGUUAGGAAAAUCAUUCAGGUGAUUGACCAAACCAAUCCCGAACAUGUGUGGUUGUCUCCCAUUUGUGGUCCUUACUCAGUGAUGCAACAAAUCAACCAGCGUACCCCAAAGCAGUGUGAAGAACUCCAAGAAAAGCGACGUGAUGCCUUGCGUCAAUACGUGGGGUGUGCUUUGAUUUACAGUUAUUGCAUUCAAAAGGGUAUCCAUGCGACAUGGGAGUGGUCACAAAGCUGUCAAGGGUGGCGGUUGCCUUUCAUGCAGAAACUGGUUGCUAAGUAUAACCCCUUUUUUGCGGUUGUUCGAGGCUGCCAGGUAGGUUUGGUUGACAAAAAUGACCAGUUCGUGUCCAAGGGUUGGAAUUUGAUGACCACUCACUCCCUGCUGGCUCAAAGAAUGGAGUUGCCAUGUAAAUGCCCGAAACAUGUUGAACAUGUGAAGUGUGAAGGGUCAGUCACGAGCGGCACGGCUUUUUACCCCCAGGGUUUUGCCACCAGGGUUUGUCAAGCCAUAAAAAAGGGUUGUAGCCGUGAGGAAGUGCGUGGGGAGUUGCAAGGGGUUACCACCUUGUUGGAUGCUUUUGGCAAUGGGAUCUCAUGCUUAUGCCCUGAGGGUCAACGACACGAAGCCAAUCUCACUUGUGGCAUGUGUAACCACCACCAACUGGGAAUUUUGAGGGGAAAUGACAACCAAAGUUGUUCGAAGGGAGAUCACCAACACUGUGAUGCGGUCGAAGCUCAUCCAGUAGGGGGAACCCCAAAAGUCCAUCUCCCAAAUGCCGAGGGUCCUAGGAAACACCCCCAUGUGGCUACUGAAACUCAACAUAUGGUCCCGGUUUCCAUUUCCCCCAAUGAGGCUAUUAGGACACCUAUGAGGGAACAACCCAGUGAACAUGCUCAUGCUGCAGGAGAUUCAUUGCGAGCCCCAUUGAGUGCGGCGGAAAAAGAGGAGGUGAAACGAAAACUGUAUCUUUUGCACUCAGCCACGGGUCAUGGUCCGGUUCGUCAUUUGCUGCAGUCUCUUCGGCGUAGGGGGGUUGAUAGGCGAGUGUUAGAGCUGGCUGAACAAUUUGAAUGCCCUGUUUGUGUUGAAAGAAAAAGACCUCAACCUCGGCCAGUGUCCACUCUGGAACCCUUGCCACCUAAGUGGUCAACAGUUGCUGCUGACAUGGGUACAUGGGAACAUCCAGUCUCCGGUCAAACCUUUCAGUUUUUGGUAGUCAUCGAUGAAGGCUCAAGGUUUAGAGUGGGUAGAGUACUAGGAGAAGGGAAAGAGUACCAUGUAGGAGCUUCACAGUUUUUAGAAACCUUCCAGGAGUGCUGGAGCCAAUAUUUUGGCCUGCCAGACACCCUGCGAGUAGAUCCCGAUGGCACGUUUCGCAGCAAUGCCAUAGCUGAAUACUGCGACCGACAUAAGGCACACUGGAAACUGGGAACUUGUGAAAAUGCAGUGAAGGGUAUCACAGAGCUGAUGUCCAAACAAGCGCUUGCUGAACCAGACAUCACAGUGCGUGACGCGCUGUCAGAAGCUGUGAGGGUAUUCAACGAGCGGGAAAUGAUCAGGGGCUACAGUCCCAUCCAGCAUGCCCUGGGCCGAGCACCGGAUGCUUCCGGCCGUUUGUUUCCUCGGGCAGGAGGCGACAGCCCGGACCUUUUGGUCGAAAAUGCCAAUGGAGAGUUCCAUCGGAAUCUGGAAAGAAUGAAAGUGGCUGAGCAAGCUUUUUUGGACUGGAACAAUGAACAGCGAGUUCAACGAGCCCUUAACUCUAAGGGUCGGGGUACCCUGGACUUUCAACCAGGAGAUCUCGUAUAUGUCUGGAGACAACAAGUGAGUGGACAAGCUAGCGUGAAGGGAGGCUCAUUUGUAGGCCCAGUGAGGGUGUUAGCAACUGAGCACCGCCACUCCAGUGACGGAAGUUCAAAGGCUUCAAGCUCAGUCUGGUGCGUCCGUGGCAGACGCCUUUGGAAGUGCAGUAUGGAACAAUUGCGCCAUGCCUCUGAGAGAGAAAAACUGCUACAUGAGCUACAUGGCCCUGUGGAGAGCUCUUGGGACUUCCACCGUGUGGCCGCCGAGCUUGGUGGCAAUGAGUACUUGGACGUCUCGAAGGAGGUGCCCACUGAAAUGGAGUGGGAAACAGCACAGGAUCCCGUUGACAGCAGCUGGAUACCAACCCACCGAUGCCGGGGCAAGAGAGGACCUCCGGUCACCCAGAUGGAGGUGGAUCCCUUGGAUUGUCCACAAGCUCAAGAAUCAGGUCGUACAACCAGGUCGAGAAGUCCUCGACAACGGGCUAUGCCAUCCACACCGCAGCCCAAACAUGACGCCUUCGCGGUGGGAGAAUCCUGGUGGGAGAAUCCUAUGGUCCAACAGGCAUGCAGUGUCACCGAGAGCACCUUUUGGAACAACCAACAACAUGCAGUUGAGGUCUCUGUGGAGAUGCCAGAAAAUCGAGCUGGGGCAGAACGAGCUAUCAAUGACCUUCCGGCUUUCUUCACCAACAGCUUCAAGCGCAGAGCCUCAAUUGAAGUUUCUGAAAAACACCUGAGUCCUGAGGAAAAGGAAAUGUUCAGAGUCUCCAAGAUGGUGGAGGUCAACAAUUUCAUAGCUGCUAAGGCAUUUGAGGCCCUGCCGGAGCACCUGAAACCCUCAACAACACAGGCCAUCCGCAUGCGGUGGAGGGGUCUCAUGGCAUGCACAGCAGGUUGCUCCACACUUUGUAUAGUGCUGGGCAUAGCGUCCAAGCGCAUGAGCCAUGGUGAUUGCGUACCAGUGUCGCUGGCAGCGUGGCACUCGCAGAAAAUCGAGCGCCGUUGCCGCAGCCCAGGAGCAGCGGAAGCUUUGGCGGCAAUCAAUGGUGAGGACACCUUGUACUACGGCCGUUUUCAACUGGCCGAAAUGAUGGGAGCCCCCGUGGAUGUUCGAAAUGUGGAUGCCACCGUCAACUCUGUUGAUGGCAGCCUGGUGACAGACUCCAGGAAUGUGUAUGACAAGAUGGAGACUGAGACACUCAACAUCCGAGGAGCAGAAAAGAGAACUGAUUUGGAGCUGCUGGCUCUAAAAUCGGCACAAUGGAGAAACUAUGUGAAAAUACGAUGGGUUCAUGGAGAAGCCCAGUUAGCCAAUGGUCUAACAAAGUCCAACGAGUACAAGCAAUUAGAGCUGUUCUACGAGAUGGGCCAGUGCUGGAGGCUGGUUGAAGAUCCCGAGCGUGCUUCGGCUCGCCGUCGAAAAGCCGCAGGAGUCCGAGAGCUGCAGAGCACUGGAGCUAUGGCUGGGUCAACCCCCUGGACCCCCUGGGAUGUUUAA